AUGGAAGAUCACUGUAGUCCUCUUAACUGGUCAUGCUUCUAUCAAGACGAGGGGAUUGAAGACUUGAGGCAUUAUCUCUUGUACACUACAGAACUGGAAGCAGCAAUUGUAUCAGCGAAGGAGGAGAUCACAAGAAGAGAAUUUGAGAUAUUCCAUCUCAAAGAUCUUUUAAGCAGGGCAAUUAAGGAAAAAAAUGAGGCCCAGAUACAAUGCCAGAAACUAGUUUCGGACAAACUAGCCCUCCAACAACAACUGACACAAAACCAGCAGGAAAACCAGCAGCAGCAGCAUCAGAAGCAGGAAAUGCUGCAGUUGAAGCAAGAAUCUGCUUCACUCACUAGAACUUGCAGCAGUGAAGAUGAAUCCAAGGCUAGUGACUCCAACAAUCACAUCAGCUCUCCUGAUUCUAGCAAAGUCACUGUUCCCUCACAGUCUAGUGAUCCAAUUCCCCAGCAACCAUUGCAGUCAUCACUUCCAGAAGUGAUACUUAAGUUAGUAGCUGACAAGCCACUGCCGGAGAAAGGGAAACUCUUGCAGGCAGUGAAGGAAGCCGGUCCACUCCUCCAGACCCUUCUCCUGGCUGGACCACUCCCUCAAUGGCAGCACCCACCUCCUCAAUUAGACUCCAUUGAUAUCCCACCGGUAACUAUUUCUUCACCAACAGCUCGGCUAAUACACCAAGACUCUGUCAACAGUUUCACUUCUUGUUUGAGCAAGAAGAGGGAUCUAGAGCUCUGUGAAGGUCCUGAUUCUUCUUCCCCUACCAACAAGUAUCAGAAAGUUGUCCUCCAUUGA